AUGAAGUCUCUUAACCUUGCAAUUACCCUCUGUAUUUACUUCGCCCGCUUAGAAGGGCUACUUACGCUCCCAUCAUCGCAACCCAAUCAAGAAGGUAAAGUGGGCGAGAAAGCUUGGAAUGGAUUGGAAGGAUUAGGUGGGUCUGGUUUGAGUGGUUUGGGCGGUAACUUUUUGGGUUCAGGUGGAUCAGGAAGUGGGGGCUCCGGCCUCGGAGCUUUGGGUGGUAUGUUGGGUGGAAGCUCUGUAGACAACAGUGGUGGAGGGGGAUGUUCCAAGUACAAAAUCAUAAGUGCCAGAGGAACUGGAGAGAAUCAAGUCAGCCCUACGGGAUGUCGUGGAUUUAUCAACGGAGUUCUAUCUGCUGUUCCUGGCGGUGCAGUCUAUGAGGUCCAUUAUCCAGCAACAGUGGACUAUAUGACUGGACCAGGUCAAGGAGCUUCUGAUGCGAUUCGAUAUAUAUCUGAUCAGCAAAAGAAGUGUCCCGAGCAACUUUACGUUUUAAUUGGCUACUCUGAAGGUGCCAUGGUAGUAACUCAGACAAUGAACAAGAUUUCAGAUUCUUCAUCCUCGAUCGCUGCAAUUGUCUUGUACGGAAAUCCUUAUUUCAAAGGAGGUGCACCUCAAAAUGCCUGUUCUGCAAAAGGUGGAGCAGGUGAUGCUUCUGCCACUGGUAUUAGGAUGCCAGACAAGUUCUCUUCGGUCACUUUUGAUUGUUGCUUGACUGGAGACAUGAUUUGUCAAACCACUGGUUCCAUCGUCGCUCAUUUAGAGUACCCUGGAUCAGCCAGCGAGAAGGAAGCUGUGAGAUUUGCAUCUUCUAAACUGAAGAAUGCGUUGGAUGGGAACCACUCAUCUAAACCCGGUUACAAUGCAGAUGGGGAUAAAGGAUCAUCCGGAUCAGAAGGCACGACUUCCAGUCAAGGUACUACUGGUGGCGGUAAUGGACUUCUCUCAGGGUUUGGCUCUGGUAGCACUAUCGGAGGAUUACCAAGCCUUGGUAGCGGUAUUUCAGGACUUCCUUCUAUCGGAUCUGGCACUGGUGAUAGUACUGGUAUCUCGUCUUUGCUCGGAGGUGGUAGUGGUGGAAUGGGGGGGAUUCCAAGUUUUGGUGGUGGUAGUGGAAUGGGGGGAAUCCCAAGUUUCGGUGGUAGUAGUAGUGGAACGGGAGGAAUUCCGAGCUUAGGGGGUGGUAUACCGGGACUUGCUUCCAUGGGAUCUGGGCGUAUGAGUGCUAAAUCUAAAGACACUGCCUAG